AUGGACGCCAUCACGAGUGCACUCAACGGUACCUCAACGUCACCCCUCGUCCUGGGUGGAGCUAUAGGCCUUUUGCUUGCCAAAAAGCUCCUGUCAAGUGGCCGCGCGCGCGAGCCGUCGGCGACGUCGCUGGGAGCACGUGUCGUAUUGAUAACGGGCUGCGACAGUGGCUUUGGCCGGGGCCUCGUCGAAGCCGCCCUCGCCGAGGGCUUCGAAGUCGUCGCGGCGUGCUACACCCCGGACGGCGCGGCCGCGAUUGAGGCGACCGGCGGCGGCGUGGCGACGGUGACGACGGUCGUGGCCGACCUCGCGACGCCCGAGGGCGUCGAGGCGGUCGCGCGCGUGGCGAAGGAGGUCGCCGGCGCGCGCGGCCUCUACGGCCUCGUGAACAACGCCGGCCGCUGCGUCCCGGGCAACUGCGGCUGGGCGCCGCCCGUGUCCUUCGAGUAUACGAUGAAGCUCAACUUCCACGCGCACGUCGCGGUGACCUACGCGCUGCUGCCGGUGCCUGUGUGGAAGUCAACCAGUGAGUUAGGGACGACGUCGGGUCGAUGGCGAGGGGCGUCUGAAAUUUGAAUCUCACACAGGCCGGCGCUGCGCCGCGCGAAGGGCCGCGUCGUCAACGUCUCGUCCGUCUGCGGCAUCGCGGCGCCGCCGACGAACGCCGCAUACUCCGCGUCGAAGCACGCCCUCGAGGCCUACUCCGACAUUUUGCGCGCCGAGGAGGAGCCUUUUGGCGUCAAGGUCUUCGUCGUCGAGCCGGGGACCAUGCGCACGCCGCUCGCCCUCUCCUACGGCGACACGUGGAAGAAGGGCUACGACGCCGCGCCCGCCGCACGCCGCGCCCCCUACGGCGCCGCCUGGGCCGAGGCCACAGUUCAGAAGAUGAACACCGACAUCCCGAACGUCGCGGAGGACCCGCAGAUCACCGUCAAGGCCCUGCUCGAGUGCCUGGUGCUCGCGGACCCGCCGACGCGCGUCACGACGGGCGGGGCCAUCCCGACGAUCUAUCGCGUCCUCGCGGCGCUGCCGGACAAGACGCGCGACCGGGCGUGGGACGCGCUCGGGGGCGUCGCCGUGCCUCCCGCGGCGCUCACGAGGCCGUCGCCGCCGAAGAGCCGCGUGGUGUCGCACGUCUCGAUCCGCGUCCGGUCCCUCGCGGCGUCGACGCCGUGGUACGAGGCGUUCGGUUACACGCGCGUGGGCGCCGCCGCCGACGGCAUGCUCUUCCUCGAGCCGGGCGCGAGUUCCAUCUGGCGGCCGCUCCUGCUACUCGUCGAGGACGCGGCCAUGCCGCAGCGCGGCGCCUGCUACGAGGCGGGUCUGUCGCGACUGAGUCUGUACGUGGAUGACCUGGACAAGGCGCUGUCACGGCUCACCGACAAGCGCUUGACCCCGAUCCACCCCCCGGGAGGCAAGGGGGGCACGGCCGCAGUCUUCCACGACCCCGACGGGUACUGCGUCUACCUCAUUAGCUUCCACGGCGCGAUAUCGCUCUACGUGCGGUUCAUGGGUUGGUGGAAGGGCGCGCGGGACGCGAACCCGUUCUCCUGUACGCUGAACGUCACGGACGCGCGGCGGGCCAACGCCGCGUUCGAGGCGCUCGGCUUCAAGACGCUCGUGGAUAUUACCUCCCCGGACCGCGAUAUGCUGCCGGCGUUCGGCCUCCCCAGGGAUCUCGGCAUCGAGUCCAUCCGCCUCGCCCUGCUGCCGUCCGACGGGUUCAUAGGCAUCGUCAUGGAGUGGACGUCAACGCCCAAGACCGCCGCGACGCCGUCGAACGCGCUCGCCAUCUCCGUCGACGACGUCGCAGGGGAGCUCGCGCGCGCGGAAAAGGCAGGGCUCCGGACCGAGCCCGCCACGCUUAGGAGCUACCCGGUCCUCGGCGAGGCGCUCGUCGGCGCCUGCUUCGUCGACGACUGCCGCGUCGAGUUCGUCCGCUUCCUGGAUUGCUAG